CUUCAAUUCCUUUCUCCUUCGUGUCUUUUUGGGUUCCCUUUCUUGUCCUGGGUCCGGGGUCGGGUUGCUUUUGCUUCAAUUGCCUCUAUCCUUGUACCAUACAUAUCCUUGACUUCUGUUUUUCUACUUCUACCUUUCCCUUCCCUUCCCUUGCCACCGCUACCCCGAUCUCUUUCGCUAGGGUCGGUUCUAGACUGUGUGCAUUAGUGCCACCAUAACAUCUUUCUCUCAUCCAAUACACUACCUAUCCGACCGUCACAAUGGCCCAGACCAAUGGCGACAUGGAGCACUCGAAAGAGACUCCCGAACAGCUGACCAACGGCAACAACACCGAGGAGGUCCAGGAAGAGGAGGUCAACGGUGGCCUUUUCCAGAUCUCCGUGAAGCUGCCUCACGAGCCCUACAAGAUCCAGGUGAUGGUGUCGAGCCAAGAACAGGUCCAAGAUGUCCGCCAAUCGAUCGUUGAGCUGCCCAGCACCUUCCAGUAUACCUGCUUCCACCUCGAAUUCAACGGCCAGCGUAUCAACGACUUCAUCGAAUUGUCCGAGGUGCCCGACCUGACGGCGGACUCCGAGAUCACCCUCGUGGAGGACCCCUACAACGAGAAGGAGGCUCGCAUGCACGUGGUGCGCAUGCGGGAGCUCGUCGGAGCCGCUGGUGACCGGGUCGACAACCUGCACGGUCUCAGCGCCGGUCUGUCGCUGCACGACUCCAUCUCCGCGGAGGUGUCCGAGGCGGCCGAGAAGGACCACUCCCUGUCUAAGUACGACAUCGCUAGCUCCCCAUCUCUCGACACCAUCCUCCCCCGCGCCGAGACUCCCCUUCCCAAGACCGUCAAGGCCAUCUCGCUCUCGCCGUGGAACCCGGUUCCCUACAACCUCCGCCAGAAGGGUCACCUGCUCUACCUCCAGGUCACCACCAACGAGGGCGAGCAGUUCCAGAUCACCUCCCACAUCUCUGGCUUCUACGUGAACAAGUGCUCGAACAUGAAGUUCGACCCCUCCCCGAAGACCAUCCCCAAGAACGGCCGCGCGCACUCGCUGCUCAGCUUGAUCGCUCAUCUGUCGCCGUCCUUCAACGCCUCCUUCGAGGCUCUCCAGGAGUCUAACAACCAGAAGGACCUCCUGACCACCUUCCCCUUCCAGAACGCCAUCCCCAACAACCCGUGGCUCGUCUCCCCCACCGCCAAUGUUCACCAGGCGGACAUCACCCGCUCCCAGGAGAACUACCUGAUCUCCGGCGUCGACAACGCUGAGACUCUGCGUGACUGGAACGAGGAGUUCCAGACCACCCGGGAGCUCCCCCGCGAGACCGUCCAGGAUCGCGUUUUCCGGGAACGCCUGACCUCCAAGCUCUUCGCGGACUACAACGAGGCUGCCGCCCGCGGUGCCGUUCUCGUCGCCCGUGGUGAGGUCGCCCCCCUGAACCCCACCGAGGGCCGGGAUGCUCAGAUCUUCGUCUACAACAACAUCUUCUACUCCUUCGGUGCUGACGGCGUUGGCACUUUCGCCUCCGAGGGUGGUGAUGAGGCCGCCCGUGUCGCCGUCGGCAAGGACGUCCUCGGUAUCAAGGCUGUCAACCAGCUCGACAUCAACGGUCUGUUCACCCCGGGAACUGUCGUUGUGGACUACCUUGGCAAGCGUAUUGUCGGUCAGAGUAUCGUCCCUGGUAUCUUCAAGCAGCGUGAGCCCGGUGAGCACCAGAUCGACUACGGUGGUGUUGAGGGCAAGGACGUGGUGGCCACCCACCCCGACUUUGUGCCCGUCUUCGAGAAGCUGUCCAAGGCUCUCCGGAUCAAGAAGCAUGCCGUCUGGGACAAGGAGGGUGCUCGCCACGAGCUUGAGGGUAGUGUUGAGACCAAGGGUCUGCUGGGCACUGACGGCCGCAAGUACGUGCUUGACCUCUACCGCGUGACUCCCCUGGAUGUUGCGUGGCAGGAGGAGGAGGGCAGCGAUGUCUACCCCCACCGCAUGUCCUCCCUCCGUCUGGAGCUCGUCGAGUCGUACUGGAGGAACAAGAUGAGCCAGUACGUCAAGGCCGAGGUUGAGCGUCGUCGCAGCGUCAAGGCUGAAGAGGAAGCUGCUAAGAAGUCCGCCGAGGCUGAAUCCAAGGAGGAGGGCUCCGAGGAGAAGUCUGAGGAGAAGACCGAGGAAAAGACCGAGGAGGUCCAGGAGCAGGAGCGGGUCGACAUUUCCGGAUUCACCCUGGCCCUGAACCCCGAUGUCUGCAGCGGCCAGGUCCCCCAGACCGACGAAGAAAAGGAACAGUGGGCUCAGGAUGAGAAGGAAGUGCGCGAGACCUGUGACUUCCUGCGCACCAAGGUCAUGCCCGAGCUGAUCCAGGACCUGCACGACGGCGACGUCGGUUUCCCCAUGGACGGCCAGUCUCUCAGCCAGCUCCUGCACAAGCGCGGUAUCAACAUCCGCUACCUCGGUAAGCUCGCUCAGCUGUCCAAGGAGAGGGGCGCUCGUCUCGAUGCCCUGUCCACCCUCCUCGUUCAGGAGAUGAUUGCUCGUGCCUUCAAGCACGUUGCCAACCAGUACCUCCGCAGCGUGCCGGCGCCGUUUGUCGCCCCCUGCGUUGCUCACCUGCUCAACUGCCUGCUGGGCGCUGAUGUCAGCCCCAACCCCCGUGCGGAGAUCGACAGCUCUCUCCGGGCGAUCUUCCCCGAGGGUGACUUCUCCUUCGAGAAGGUCACUCCGGCCUCUCUCCGGGCCGAGCUCGAGAAGCAGGUCACCAUCCGCUACCGCUUCUCUCUGGAGCCCGAGUGGUUCAACUCCCUGAGACACUUGCAGCUCCUGCGUGAUCUUUCGAUCAAGCUGGGUCUCCAGCUUGGAGCCCGUGAGUUCAUCUUCGACAAGGCUCAGAUCCCUGCCAAGGCUCCUGUCACCAACGGUACCAACGGCGCUGGCCAGGAUGAGGGCAACAAGAAGAAGAAGAAGAAGGGUGGCGACAACUCUCCCUCCCGCGCCCCCGUGGAAGAGAAGCCUAUCCUUUCCAUCGUGGCCGACGAUAUCCUCAACAUCGUGCCCAUGGUCAAGGACGCCUCCCCCAGAAGCUCUCUUGCCGAGGAGGCCCUGGAGGCCGGUCGCAUCUCUCUCAUGCAGAACCAGAAGCAGCUGGGCCAGGAGCUCAUUCUCGAGUCCCUGUCUCUGCACGAGCAGAUCUACGGCAUCCUCCACCCCGAGGUUGCCAAGCUGUACCACCAGCUGUCCAUGCUCUACUACCAGACCGACGAGAAGGAGGCUGCGGUUGAGCUGGCUCGCAAGGCUGUUAUCGUCACCGAGCGUACCCUGGGUGUUGACUCUGCCGACACCAUCCUGAGCUACCUCAACCUCAGUCUGUUCGAGCACGCCUCGGGCAACACCAAGACCGCUCUGGCCUACAUCAAGCACGCCAUGGACCUGUGGAAGAUCAUCUAUGGCCCCAACCACCCCGACUCCAUCACCACGAUGAACAACGCCGCGGUGAUGCUGCAGCACCUCAAGCAGUACGGGGACUCCCGCAAGUGGUUCGAGGCCUCGUUGCUGGUCUGCGAGUCGCUCUUCGGCAAGCAGUCCAUCAACACCGCCACGAUCCUGUUCCAGCUGGCGCAGGCUCUGGCUCUGGACCAGGACUCGAAGGGUGCCGUUGCCAAGAUGCGCGAUGCCUACAACAUCUUCCUCAGCCAGUUGGGCCCCAACGACCGCAACACCAAGGAGGCCGAGACCUGGCUGGAGCAGCUCACCCAGAACGCGGUUUCCAUCGCGAAGCACGCCAAGGACAUCCAGGCUCGCCGCCUGCGCCGGGUCAACAUGAACCCCCGUUCUCUCGGCACCAAGAUCCAGCCCCAGGUCGGCCAGACCGCCUCCGGAGUGGCUGGAGCCCGCGGCUCGGGCUCCUCGUUGGACUCUCGUAGCGUCGAUGAGUUGCUGAAGUUCAUCGAGGGCGGUGACGCCGGCUCUUCCAAGGCCAAGCAGAAGAAGCGUGCUGCCGCCAGCAACCCCAAGCUUCGUGGAUCGAAGAAGUCUUCGGCCUAAGCUUUUCUUUUCUCUCCCCUUUCUCGCAUGGCCCGUGGCCAGGCUCAAAAUUGUUUUGGUUCCAUUUUCUCGGACUAUACUAUACCUGUCUUAACACUUGAAGAUAUGAUUUGGCUCUAUAUAUCCCUGCAAAGAGUUGAUAUUUUGGAUGAGCGGGACGUUUGCCUAUCCUGUAGAAACCUCUCUACUCUCGCACCGCUGUUGGUGCUUCUGUUUCUCGUUUUUAUACUGCUUUCCUCUGUUCCUUGUGAUGUGCACAAGUUUUCUUUGGCGUGAGAUGUUGGCCGCACCCGUGCAUACAGAGCCAGGGGGCGAUUCGCAUGCUGUGUAUUAUAUACCAUGAUCGGGGAGUUCCCCAUGAGAGCUUGUAAUGAUGCUAUGUGUUUUGUU